AUUCUUAUUUUCGUAGAAAGCCAUCAUCCUGAGCGAUUACCGUGACUGUUGAAAAAAUUGGUCCAACAAGUCGACAUAUCCGAAAUUUGGACUUCCCACGAGCUGGAGCUUCGUCAUGUACGCAACAAACCAUGGCUGUACUGCAUAGCUAACGAAACGGCAAGUUUUUAUAGCGGCUGAGUUGAAUUUGACAGCUUGUCAAAAUGUUACGACGAACUGCCAGCUAUCAUGAUUGGAUAACUCCCCGAGAUUCUGAGUUGCAGCAGCUGAACCUAAACAAUGACGUGCAGACACAACCUAAGAAUUAAAAUUAAAAUAAAUACGCCAGGCGAAAGUCCAAGUUGGAGUGGAGAUCUAGCCCAAGAAAUGUACAUGGUAAUCAGCUUGCCAACAGAAAGUUCGUUGCAAGGAUACGACUCGUAACAGACGAGGAAAUGAGACAGGAGAAACAAACAAGGACUGGAGAUGACAUCAACGAGGGUUCUCGGCUAUGCGACGAGCACUCGGGACAAGGUCUGGGUGGAGUCUGCAGUUUUUCGCGGGUGGAAUCGGCAUUUUCAUUGUCCACGAUAAUCAGUUACCGCUUCGUGACUGGGGUCACGAUAACAUCGGACAUUGUAAUGGGGACUGAAAAGAUAAUAGGUAUGAGCAAGCACCAGGACGGGAGGGGAUAUCUCGCUGCAAAGACCCAAACAUUUUCGGCGACUCCAGCUAAACGUAGCUAUGGGGUAUGUCAUAGUUGCACCAGACAUAGUGAAAACAAAAACUACUGGCCAAAGGUUGAGAAUUGGCGACGCGCCACUCAAAAGGCCAACUCUGAGAAAAGUCUAAAACAGAGCCUGCGGACUGUGCUCAAGGGGUCCCUACUAGGGUCAUCACAGAACGUGGGAGAUGCCCCCGAUGUACAAACAAGUGGCCCCUCAACCGUUCAAGCCUAUCCAGCCUAUCCCAACUUGUAAUAGUGUACGAGCCUUCCA